AUGCUUAAAUCAAGCAAAAAUACAUUAAGAACUUACCAAGAUUCUAUUACUCCUGCAAAUUGCAGACUUAUGCUGUCAUCUAUAAAUAGUAUCAAGGACUUAGGCAAUUCUUAGAGCAGAGAGAGUGCGAUGUCUGUUAAGGGAGUUGACAAAAAAUAGUACAAUAGUAUCAAAUCAACGGCAAAUGCGAGUCAUCAACAUAAUCGCAAAAGUUCCCGCAUUAUUGACAAGAGGUCUAUUAACCAGCAUCACUUAAAUCAUGCAGAAAACGCUAACGACACCAAUGAUAAUAAGUUUUUCGAUGAGACCAUUAACGAAAGGGACAAUUUAAUCAAAGACCUUGAACAGGAGUUGAUAAGCGUCAGAUCUGAGAGCGAUAUGUACAAGGAGAAAAUUAAAGAUUUGGAAAAAUGGCUAGUAAUGUUUCUAAACAACUUCUAUGAGGGCGGAGACCCUAAAGCUAUUAAAAGCGUUGAGGAGGGUUUGUAAAGAAUAGAGGAGUUAAGACAAGAGAAGUAUUCAUUCUAAAAAGCAUAUAUGCAGCAGCAUAAACUGAAUCAAGAUUUGCAGCAGUAGUUUGCUGAGUUUAAGUUUUAGACUUAACUUAGAGAUGAAGAAAUCAGAAAAGGUGGGGAGAUUGAGCAGUUAAUUGUUUAGAAGUCUUAACUGGAACAAACUUUAGUCUCGCUAUCAGAGGAGGUAGAGAUAUUGAGUCAGAAAAAUGAGAAACUUCUGAAAGACCUUAAGUCGCAUGAGUUCUAUGAGAAGUAUUACUUGACCUAAAUAGAGUUGGAAAGGCUAUAAAUAUCGCAUGAUCAAUUAAUACAGAUGUUAAAGGUGCCUUCAAUGAAUAGCACUGCUCAUCAAUCUUAGUAUGUAUCAGCUAAGCAAUCGGUGAUUCAUCAGUUUACGCCUAAAUCUAGCUUUAUCUGUGGCUUGGAGAAAGGCAGUAGCAUGUCCUCUCCUAGAGGAGGUGUGCUUCAGUUCAGUAAUAAGGCAAUAGGCAGCAAUUAUGAUAGAAACAGUAUUUAGUUUGAAAACCAAAGAAAUGAUCGAGAUAAUCAGCAGUCAUUCUUCUCCUUUUUAUCUUGUGGAGGCUGCUCAGCUAAUGGCUAGCAAAAUUCUUCAAGAAAUCAUUACAUUGGUAUUAAUUAAAUUGAAAAAUAGUCCAGAGAAGAAGAAAUGAGGGUCGAUCUUACAAGUACUAGCCAUAGGCAAAAUUUACAUUAAUAAUAGUAGCAAAACCAACUGACUACUGUUGAUGAUAACAAAUUUGAAACUUAUAAAGAAAGAGAUCAUAGCUAGUCCUUAAAUGUCAAGGUUAAAAGAUCUCAUUUUAGCUAAUGA